ACAGGAGAAGAUCUGUAAAUAAUUGUCUAUGUCAACUCAAACCAUCUGCAUUACAAAACUUUCAGCCAAUCGUUAUCUAGAAUUUCCGCAUGUUUCCGGCAACCCUCGACGACUUCCGGAAACGCACUAAAAUCAGCUGUGCCGUAACCGGCGAGUGAAUGAGAAGAGAGGGAGAGACCUCUGCAUUUCGAGAGGAAACCAGGCUAUAUAUCACUGUGGAUCACAUAUCUGACGCUCUAGACGCAGUAAACAAGGCUGGAAGAAAAGUCAGAGAGAUUCGGUGUUAAACUGUGGGACUUAUUUGAGUCGAUAUUCGCAGGGAAUACCUCGUGGAACCACCUGUGCGAUACCUCCUCGCGAAGGAUUCCAGCCGGUAACAACAAAUUAGUCGUACUGCAUACGGCAUCACGAUGCGGUUGGAACUAUUACCGUUGUUUUGUUUAUCAUUUCUGAUAGUAAGUCCACUUUCGUUUGUACACUCCAAACGUUGUAAAGACUUAGGUAAAAGUCUAGAAGAGAGAGAAGAGGAGGCGAACGUUGUCAUGACGGGCACGGUGCGAGAACUCUUCCCUCAUUCCGACAACCCUGAAAUGUACAUGGGGGAGGUGGAAAUCAAGCGAGUGAUGAAGGGGCAAAACAUGAUCAAAACAUUCCCCGCCGCCGAUCGAAAGCACGAGAUGGUAAUGGUAGAUGGCAUUGGGGAUCCGGACCUUUGCGAGAGCAUGGUUCACAAAUAUGACACUCGGAUAUUUCUGCUGUCAGAGAACGGGCAUGGAAAGCUGAAGCUGAACUCCAGCGUCAUGCGGAUUACUUUGAAUAACAUCGACCAUGCUGACGCGGUUGUCAAAGAUAUGCCAUUUGUUCCCAAGCCACCACCCCCACAAGAGCCCUGCGAGAAACUCUACUGUGCUUUUGGAGCACAGUGUUUAGUCAAUGCCACAACAAACGAGCCAUAUUGUAAAUGCAUCGAGCAUUGUUCCUCUGUGCAUGCGCCAGUAUGCGGCAGCGAUGGUGUCACGUACUCGAGUGAAUGUCAGAUGCGCCGACUGAGCUGUGUCACGCAGAGGAGGAUUGUACAGAAACUACGAGGUGCUUGUGUUAAUGAAAGUGAAGUUGGUAUCGAGGAUCCGUGUAAAAAUGUGACGUGCCCCUUCAAGGGAGUGUGCGUGCCUGCAGAAGGGGGAAUGGAAUACCAAUGUCAGUGUCCGAGCGUGUGCUACAGUUAUGGCGACAGCUUACAGGAUCGUGAAGUAUGCGGCUCAGAUGGGAGAGACUAUAAAAAUGAAUGUGAGAUGAACGCCAAGGCAUGCAGGAACCAGAGUGACCUCAGGGUGCUAUAUUAUGGAAAAUGCAAUCCCUGUAAAGACCACAAAUGUAAUGCAACAGAAAUGUGUCAGUUGGACUCAAACCGAAAACCUGUGUGUAAAUGCGGUGGACUGUGCUCUUCUGAUUUCGCCCCCGUGUGUGGUACGGAUGGAAAGACAUACAGUAAUGAGUGUUUCCUGAAACUCGAGGCAUGCAAACAGAAGAAGGAGAUUCAUGUAUUUUUCCAAGGAAAAUGUGAUGAUUCGCCACAGCCUCACCCCUGCCGAAAUAUAAACUGUGGACCACUGAAAGUAUGCUAUAUAGAUCGCCUCCAGAUUGCCAGAUGCACAUGUGGCCACUGCGAACCUGUAGGGUCACCUGUGUGCGGGACGGAUGGAAAGACAUACUCAAAUUGGUGUGAGCUUAAUAGGACUGCUUGUGAAACCAAUUCAGGUGUGACUUUGAAGCAUGAAAGGGCAUGUGGUACUGGACCCAUGGUGACCAACCCGUGUGAAUCUGUCACAUGCAAGCACGGAGGCGUAUGCACCGUUCAACAAGGCAGGGGUGUUUGCACAUGUAAGACGUGUCCCGAUGAUGAUAAACCGGUCUGUGGAAGCAAUGGCAUUACAUACCCUAAUCUUUGCAAGCUUGAAAAAGAAAACUGUGAGCUGAAAAGAAGUGUUAAGGUGAACAAGUCACAUGAUGGCCACUGCCCUGGUUGUGGUCCUAACCCGGAGUGUGAGUUUAAUUCUAUCUGUGUGGCCGACAGCAGGGGCAAUGCCAAAUGUUUGUGUCAGGAGGACUGUCAGCAGACUACCAACAAAGUAUGUGGCACAGACGGCAUAACUUACAACAAUGAGUGUGAACUUCAGUUGGAAUCUUGUCGAAAGAGGACACCAAUACAUGUCCGUAGGCAGGGCGCAUGUGGUGAUUGUUCAAAUAUACGGUGCCUGUACAAUGCCACCUGUCAAAAUGGCCGCUGCAUUUGUCGCGAAGAUUGCCCAAAUCAUUACGACCCCGUUUGUGGCUCAGAUGGAGAGACCUAUGAUAACGAAUGUGAGAUGAAUCGGGAAGCAUGUAUUACCAACACUGAGAUAAGCAUAGACCAUCAGGGUGUUUGUGAUGAGCUGUCUGGGUCAGGUUCAGGAGAAACAGUAUGUGAAGAAACUACAUGUCGCUUUGGUGGAGUUUGUGACUUUGACGCAGAAGGAAAUGGAUGUGUCUGUAAAACAGAUUGCCCGGCCAUUGGGUCGCCAGUUUGUGGCAAUGACGGCAAGCGGUACAUGAGUAAAUGUCACUUGGAAGUCGCCAUGUGUAAACGCCAGAGAGAGAUCAAAGAAGUACCAUGCCCUCCUUCGAUUGCCUGUGAUGGAGAGACGCCGUUGGUCAACCCAAGAACUGGCAAAGACUAUGACUGCAGCAUUGACAGUCUUGAUGACCCUUGUCCAGCUAACAGUUACUGCCACAAGGGACCAAAGUUUGCCAAAUGUUGUUUGGAAGUUACAAAGCCUAUUCCUAUUCCUUGUGCGGAGAGUAAAUAUGGCUGCUGUCCUGACGGAAAGACGUCUUCUCCUGGUCCCAAUGGAGCCGGAUGUCCUAGUAGCUGUGAGUGUAACCCUUUUGGUUCAUUCGGAAAGACAUGUGACCCCACUUCAAAACAAUGCUCGUGCAAGCCCGGCGUAAGUGGACUGCAUUGUGAUCGUUGCGAAAUCGGUUAUUGGGGAUUUCGUAAAAUUACAACUGAUGGUAACAGUGGCUGCAUUCCAUGCAACUGUAAUCGGUAUGGGACGGAGCGGGAUGACUGUGAGCAGACAAAGGGACGUUGUUUAUGUAAGCAAAUUCCCGGCGGGGUGACGGGUGACAAGUGCGACAGGUGUCUUUCAGGCAAACCUCCGGGACCUAAUGGAUGUGACACACCUGGUCCAACUAGUUGUGAGAGCUUGUCUUGCAACUUUAGUGCCACCUGUGAAGUUGUUGAUGGACAAGCAGAAUGUAGGUGUAAAAUGGACUGUACGGGUGCAACACCUGGUAAAGUUUGUGGCUCUGAUGGCAGACAAUACCCUGAUGAGUGUACGCUGAGAGAGUUCCAAUGUCGAGAGCAGAAAGAAAUUAGAAUUUUGAAGAAAGGAAGUUGUGCAGGUAUUUCACCACUAGAGAGCAGCACAACUGGUCCCCCACCAAAUGGCUCUUCAAGAAAAACCACACGCCAUCUUGCUGAUUCUAGUCCGCCUGAACCAACACAAAAACCACCUGAAGAAGAAGAAGACCAGAAAUUUGGCGGUUCAUUGUCAGAUCAACCUUUUUACGGUAGGAUAGGGGACGUGUGCCAGACUGAUGAAGAGUGUUCUGUUGCCCACAGUCACUGCGAACGCAGCUUCUGUGUAUGUGACCAAGAUUUCGUUCCUUCUGAAUUCAACAGUCUGUGCAUAGCCAAUCCAUCAGGCAUCAGCACCCCUUCAUUCAGUGGUCAGUCUUGGCUUCAGUUUAGAAUGCUGACCGGUGUGGAUAAAUUUAAUAGGAUAGAGAUUACCUUUAAGACCCACAAUAAGGAUGGCAUCUUGCUGUACAAUAGCCAGUUUGUGGAGGGGCGAGGGGACUUCAUCUCACUGGCUAUUGUCAAUGGUUAUGUAGAGUAUAGGUAUGACCUUGGCAGUGGCCCAGCUCUGAUAAGAAGUACCAAGCCCAUCCAACUCAACAGACAACAUCAUGUGAUGGUCAACAGAUCUGGUAGCCGGGGUGCACUACAAGUGGACAAUGGAGAGGAGGUCCUGGGCAGUUCACAGGGGAAUCUGCGGUCACUGAACCUUGACCAGCCACUCUAUGUUGGUGGGAUUCCAGACAUGACCAAUGAUAUGGUGACAGAGAUUGGCACAGGCCAUGGCCUAGUUGGCUGUGUGUUUGCUUUAACAGUAUCUAAAUCAGAUGGCAAUUCAAUCGCUACCCGAGCGUACACGCUGGACUUACCACAAUCGGGCGAUAUCGUGUCUCACCAUGGAAUUGGUGAAUGCAGGGACAAUCCUUGCAGAAGUCUUCCAUGCCAAAAUGGUGGCUCUUGUUACUUCCGCGAUGAAGAAAACUUCCUGUGUGUUUGCCGACCAGGGUUUAAAGGGCCACAGUGUGCAGAGGGGAGGGACCCGUGCUCUUCAAACCCCUGUGAAGGUGGCUCCACCUGUCAGGUGGUGUCAGAUAAUGAGGUCAAAUGCAACUGUCCCAGUGGGAGGAGUGGCCAGUAUUGUGAAAAUUUACUUGUAUCACCAACAACCUUGCCACUCUAUACUAUCCCUGAUUUCAAUGGAAAUUCUUACAUAGAAAGGGAAUUCAAUGAUAAUGUCCUUAGGGCAAUAGCCUUUGAAGUCUGGUUUUUACCCACCAAAGGAAAUGGCAUGAUCUUAUACUGUGGCCAGAGAGCUAAUGGGAAAGGGGACUUCAUUUCUUUAAACCUUAAAAAUGGCUUCCUGGAAUUCAAGUUUGAUCUUGGUGGAGGCCCGGCCUAUAUAAAAUCACCCAAACGCAUUGCUCUGAAUGUGUGGCACAGAGUGACGGUAGAGAGGAGAAAUCGUCAAGGCAACAUGAUUAUAAAUGGCACUUCUGUCAGUCAGUCAGGGCAAUCCAAGGGAACUUUGAAAGAUCUUAAUCUUGGGCAGCCACUUUAUAUAGGUGGUUUUAAAGACAAAAGCUCCAUCAACCCAGACUCCGGUAUUAAGUCCGGUUUCCAUGGUGCUAUACAGAGACUGUACAUAAAUGGGCGCAUGUAUGAUAAUUUACUGGCUGGCGCAGUAGCCAAUGAACAUAUGGGUAUAUAUCAGGGGCCACCCUGUACCAGCAACCCUUGUCAAAAUGGCGGCUAUUGUAAGCCAAAAUUAGCGGAAUACGAGUGUAAAUGUAGAAUAGGAUAUGCUGGGGAACAUUGUCAGAGAGAAACUGACAUCGACAAAAACAGUCCCGUUCAAUUUGACGGGUCAACUUUUCUACAGUAUGAUAACCAAGCUGUAAGGAACCCACUCAAGAACAAGACCCUAGACAAGACAGCGAUACAACGCAGUCAAAGGCAAAAUAGAUACCUUAUCCGACUUAGAACGACGGAAAAGAACGGCCUUGUUUUAAUAGUUCACAAAAGUCCUACCAUUAGAGGAGAUUACCUGGCCCUAGCUAUAGUGAAUGGUCACGUAGAGUUUAGCUACAAUCUAGGAAAACAAUCACCCACUGACAUCCAUAAAAUAAGAUCUGCAGUGCGAGUAGAUGAUGGCGACUGGCAUACAAUAAUAGCUGAGAGGGAUAAGAGGAAAGGAGUGUUAACUGUUGAUGGAAAUCGGCCAAUAACCAAGGUGUCUAGGCAAGGGGCAACUCAACUGGACACUGAUGGUCAGCUGUGGAUAGGUGGCAAACGCAUGCCCCCAGAUGGCCUUCCAAGAGCAUACUAUAAAGGUUUCCAGGGCUGUAUCCAAUACGUAACACUGGACAAAGAAGAGUUACAUUUAGUUGACCACCGGAAAGGACGAAGUUCUAUAAAAUUUUGCAAAACAUAGUGUAAAUUCAGUUAAUAUUAUAUGUAUAUAUGUGCAUUUAUGUAACGAAUUUAACCCAGUUUGGAUGGCCAGUACCAUGUAACAGCAUCGUGUUUUUUUUUUUUUCUCCACUCCAGGGUGAUGAUAAGCAGCAUUCAAUAUUAUAUGGCCCACAUUCCCAGUUUUGUAACCUAAUUCCUACACGUCUUAUUAAACAUUUGGAAAUUUCUCUGCCAAAAGUGACUGCAUUUUACUGUACACAAUUACAGCAUGCUGUUGUGGUACAAACAUCUCAUUGAUCAUUGUGUAUAAAUGACAGCAUUUAAUAGUUCACGUAUGUACGGUUUGUCUGUAAGGCAAUCUAUUUUUAAUGCAAUGGCAUCCUGCCAUACCAUCUCACCUAACAGAACUGAGGCUCUAGCAUUGUGUUAUCCCACCAAUAUGAAGUAUUACUUCUGAAGUACCUUUUUACACACAACGCAUGAAGUCAAUAUGUAUCUAGGGAUAACCAUGCAAUUUUUUUAAGGAAUAAUUGUUUUAGCAUAUUGAGAGCUGUAAGACACAUAUAACAACUUAUCACAGCAGUGUACAUACUAUAAGCCUUUUAAAGCGUAAAAACUUUGCUUUUUCCGUUCCUCGGUACGUGUCGUGUUAUAAAUUUUAAAAUGCCAAAAGUGUUCUGAAUGACAUGAUCAUAUGCUCAAUGACUGGACAGAUUUAAUGUGCAAAUAUAUACAUUAAUGCAUAAUUGAAAAUCUGUGUAAUUUUCAAGUUUCCCAAGAACCUUUAUGCAUGCCAAUAUUUGGGGAGGGGGGGAGAUUGGGGUCUCUCCAUGUCAAAAAUUGGGACACAAAGCAGUUUGAGAUAUAUAUUGCUGUAUAAGUAACACAAUUUGUAAGUAUUGGUACUGGUACAUUGUGAUUAGAAUGGAGCAUAUUGUAGUGGAUUUUUGCUUUAUAAGCCCCAGUUAAGAAAUAAAAAUUACGGUUUGCCAACAUAUUUUGUCCUCUGAUCAAGAUAAUUCUUUGCUGAUCAAUUGUCCCACAAGGUUUUUUAAUUUUCAAGUAAAAACCUGGAGAUUUAAAACUUGAUUUACACGAGAGAAUUACUCGAAUUCCCUCAAAAAAUCACAAAAGUAGAUUACUUGAAUCCUUUUCUGUAAUUGAUACUUUAAAAUGAACAAGCUCUAAACCAGUACCUUGAUGUCAACAUAAAAGUUAAAAUAUGUAAAUUAUAUGUUAAAAUCAUGAUAUAGGUUUAUCAGGUAAAACUCUUUGGUGCUGUUUGUAGCUAAAUGUUCACUGUUUAAUUUUUUUUUCUUUUGCAUAUUGUGCAUCAUGAAUGGAUUGUCACUGGCAUAGGUGUAAAAUAUAUACAAUUCUUGUGAAGAUAAGAAUAAGUGGUACAUUAUGCUGAAGAAUAGUAUAGGCCUGGGGUAGUGGGGACUAGAUUUACCACAUUGCAUAUGACGAAUUUGUAAUAGUCUUGCAAAUACUGUAAAGGAAUCAUUUAAUGGAGUAUUUGACUGUAUGGAAUGUGCUGAUUCAUUAGUGGUUAUCUCAAACAUCUUGACAUGUAAUGGCAGCUGAGAAUUGGUCCCUGAUAUGUGCCCCCAUAAGACGAAUUUAAAAUAUUGCAAUUUCCUAUAAAAAUGUCAGCUCUUUUAUUGUUUGGCACUUGUUGCCGAGAUUAGUUGUGCUUAUUUCUCACCUAACGCAAUGAGUAAAGUGGGGCCCCUCGCUAGUGACAAUGGCAACCACUUUUUGUACGAUACCAUAUAGAUAUAAACUAUAUAGCUAACAAGGUAAUGUGUUACUCAAAACUUAAGUAUUAAGAUGCACUUGAAUAGCUAAUGACGGUAAUAGUCUACUUAGUUUUUGUAUAUUGAGAUACAGAAUAUGAAAUAUUCCUCAUGAAGUAAUUGCACAGUAAAAUGAUAUUUAUUUAAACUAAAAAUGAUGAAUGUAUUGAUAUGUUUACUUAUUUUGUACAUUAACACAUUGUAAUCGUAUACGUAAUAUUUUGCUAUGUAGCUGUAUGCUUGAUGUAUAUCACUUUUGAAAAAAAAACUCUCUAUUCCCCUGUACAAUGUUAUCUAAACUCCGUUGUAUGGUAAAAUGUUAUACAAAGCUUGCCUAUUUUAUAGAAUACUUUUCUCCUUGUAGUAAAAUACUGCUUUUAGAAACAUUUAUUUUCACGAUUUUAAUGCCACAUUUGUGCCGGGAUUUGUACGUAAUGGGCAGUUUCAUUUAGAAUCCGUACACGCAUGCCAUAUGUGCUGGCAAAUUCUCUUACAAUGAUAAAUGUUUUAUCCAUAGGGUUUACAUGUAAUAUCCAUACCCAUGUGUGUUGCUUGAUACGCGCACUGUAUAUGUUAACUUGCGUGUACGUGUUGAAUUCAUCGUUUCACUCAUAAUGGUUUAAAUAAAAU